AUGGCACAUUUUCAUCGCAGAUUAUGCAGCAAAGUAACCAGUCACUGUCUCACACACGGGAUCAAUGGGAUCGAGCCAAUUAUCGCCCCUCAGAUUAAGCUUCUUCCACAGAUAGGCCAAAACAAGACGAAGUUGGCAGGUUACCAUGAAGCUUCGCGGACAGAUAGAGCCAGGUCGCACUUGCGAAUCAUGCCACUAGGCGGCUCUGUCACUUAUGGCUCCGAGUCUACUGACGGCAACGGCUAUAGGAGAAUUCUUCAAGAGCUUCUCAUGUCGGAUGGCCACAUGGUGGAAAUGGUCGGGUCUCGAAAAGCCGGUUCUAUGGAGAACAACGACAACGAAGGAUGGCGCGGAUUCAGAAUCGAUCAAAUUACCAACAAAGCCAAAGCAUCAGUCCCUAGAUUUCUGCCAAACCUCUUCACUGUCAACGCGGGCUCAAAUGAUUGUGUGCAGCACUUUGAAAUCGAGACUACUGGCAAGCGACUUAGUGACAUGCUCGAAUACCUGUGGAUGGCGUCUUCUGGCUCUACAAUCGUCCUUUCUACUCUCCUUCCAAACUUGGAUGGAAAGAUUGACUCACGAGUCCUACGCGCCAACGAGCAAUUCCGGGAAAUGGCAAAAGCGAAAGCAGCCCAAGGAAGAAAAAUCGUUAUCGUGGACAUGCGUGGCCCCGAUGGACCUCAGAUAAGUGAUCUGGCGGAUGGCACACACCCCAACGAUGUGGGCUAUGCGAAGAUGGCAACGAUCUGGCGCAGAGGCAUUCAUGAAGCUGUGCAUAAAGACUUUAUUCAGGAGCCACUACAAUUAGGCCCUAGGGAUAUUGCAUAG